GACAACAUUCAGAUCACCGAGGCGCUGUGAAGUCCCCUCGCCAUUGGGAGUUCACCAUCAAGGAGAAAACAUGUCUCUGCAAAGACUGAUGGUCUAUUUGUCGACAACAUGCAUGUUUUUCUAUAUGAUAGGAAUCAAUCUCCUAAUCUCGAUUAUGCAAUACAUUUCACCAAAUCUCACCAAGACGAUCAUCCUCAAAAUGAAUGAAAAGACCACCAUGACUCAGAAUCCCAACUUUAAGUAUGAAGAUUGGGGUCAGACAUUCGCUUCCUUCAACUUCUUAAAAACCGUCUCUCAUCACCUGUGGCUGUCUCUCGGACAAGAGGCGUUUAUGGGAGGAGACGCUCCGGACACGUCUGUGUUCAACAUGGAGGGAAAGAAAACAAGUGUUCACAAGUACAUGACAGACACCAGACCGCUGGUGUUGAGUUUUGGAAGUUGCACCUGACCCCCGUUUAUGUACAAACUUGAGGAGUUCAAGCAACUCGUCAAGGACUUCAGCGAUGUUGCUGACUUUCUUGUGAUCUACAUCGCCGAGGCACAUGCAACAGACGGUUGGGCCUUUACCAACAACUUUGACAUCAACCAACACCGGAGCCUGGAGGACAGGCUGUCUGCCGCACAGAUCUUGGUUCAAAAGGAGCCCCAGUGUCCCGUGGUUGUGGAUGAAAUGAAUAAUGUCUCUGCCAUAAAGUAUGGUGCUCUGCCUGAGAGGCUUUAUGUGCUGCAGGCUGGGAAAGUUGUCUACAAGGGGGGCAAGGGGCCUAUGGGCUACCAUCCUAUGGAGGUACGUUUGUUACUAGAGAAAAUAAAAUAAGGUUGAUUCAAGUCAAGGCAUGUAUUAGCCAUCCGACCAGUCUUAUGUACUAUAUACGUAGGUGUGUGUGUGUGUCUCUUUGUUCAGCAUGAGAUGGGGUUGUCAGCAUUGUAACCAACCCCUCCAAACUUGUUCUUAUAAUUGCUUCCGGGCACUCCUGUACUUAAAAACUGUCAGUCUCUAAACUUGAGCUCGCCUCUCUGUGUUUCUCAAUGACGGCUGCAGUUUAUACUGUUGGCUUCUGUAGCCAGAUAAAGUGAGACACAGAGAGACACUCCAGGCAAGAGUUUUUGUUUGAGGUAUCACAUGAUGUACAGUAGACGUCCUCUAAAUGUUCUUAAUUCCAAAGUUUAAAAGACCUUAAGAUUUAAAUGUCCCAUGUUAAAAAAUGUCUUUUUUUGUCAUUAUAAGGCAGGUUAAGGUGCUAUAUUAAUACGGUGCCUUUAAACAGAUUUCACUGAGGUUGUAUCUUAUAUGACGAUGUGACAAAUAAAAUCGAUUGGCUGAUUGCUCCACGGUGAUUCACAGAAGACUGCUUUAUAUAUGAUGAUUACAGUGCAAACCUCUGGUAACUGUAAUUUGAUGGAUUACUCAAAGGAAGACCUUCUCUGAAUUAUGUAGGAGCAUUUGUGAUUAGACACAUUCAAUGUAUAAUGACCAUCUGUAUCGCUUUUGAAUGUUGCAUUGUAGUAUAAUAAAGAAUAACCUGGGAAGACUCGGGCUUAAA